AUGAGAAUACCCGCCCUCUUGGUGGGGAGACAUAUCGACCAUCAGAACGCAAUCCACCACCUCGGUCAGACAAUUUUCGUAGCUAUCGGUCUUCGCCUCGAAGAGGGCGCACUCCACCUCCGUAUGGAGACACAUAUACUCCAGCAGCAGAUCGACGACGUUCGCGAAGCCCAGCAUAUAGGGGUAGGGAUGGAAGCAGCUACAGAGGAAGACCGAGGUCCCCAGCGAGGGCAUAUUCGCCUCGAAGAGAUACACGCGCCAGAUCACCCCUUCCCAGAACACGUCGCUACUCCAGAUCUCCCACCGCGGUCGCCCUCUCAACGAGAAAGGAUACCUUCACCAACCAGGGAGAGAUACGAGAGACGCGAUUUCUCUCCUCUCAGGAAUGCACGACCUAGAUUCCCGAACGAGAGUAAUUACCGUCAUCCCGAACGCUCUGCUUCUCCAGUACGACGUACUGAGCACGCCUCUCGCAUCGCCUCCCCGAUCUCUUCUCGUCGCUCUUCGCCUUAUGUUCAUACAGACAGGCUAGCAAAUACUGGAUCAGGUCCUCAUUCUCCCGCUUUCAGAGGCUCCCGCGUACCCCCUGCUGCAAGAUAUUCGGGCUAUCGCGAUAAAUCGCCUCCACGAAGAGGCUAUUCGCCAGUCCCCGUCUCUCCACCGCGCGAAGCUGUACCUUAUCGUGCACGAUCACCGCCCCCACGAGAGCGAGACGACUAUCGAAAUGGCGACACUCCUGCCACCUGGUCAGGCACACAGAUGGCAACGCCUCAAUCAUCAGGAUACCGUAAUGGAGACUCUCGUCCUCCUCCAAGUGGACCGGGAGGCUACAGAGAUUCUUAUGCCCGCGAAUCUCCCUCCGGACCUCCACCUUCAGCUCCGAUCUCCAUGUCUGCUCACAAUCGCCCAGCCAGCGCAUCUGUUCUCUCCGCACCCACUCGCCCUCGCGGCGGCCCUUCUUUCGCAGGGCGAGACUCACGGGGUCAGCCUUACAGCGGUCCACAACCUCAUCGCGGCGGCCGUCCACCACCACAAUCAACCUACCACGCUCCAUCCCGCCAGCAAUAUGAGUCCCGCCCGCCGCCAUCAGAGCACAUUCCGCACGGUCCACGGGCCCACCACGGGCCUUCGGCACCAUUCGAGUCUUCAUACCGCGCUCCACCGCCCUUCCGCUCAAACAACUCAUCUUCGACUACAUAUCCACGCACCCAGCGCUUUAAUACAAACCACCUCGCUUCGGUGCCAGCUAUCGUCCCAGGUGGCGAAGCUUUGCCAAGUGCAUUGGAUCCAGCUGCGAGAAAGCGGUUGGCAGAGCUGGAGGAGCAAAAAAAGAAACUGCAAGACCAGAUCGACGAGAAGCAAAGGGAGAAGAGAAGGGGCCUUAGGGAAUGGGACAGCAAAGAGAGGGAGAGUAGAAGGGAUGGGCUGAGGAGCGAGUUGGCAGAAGAGGCCUUGGAGGCGAUGAGUGGGGAAGGUGCGGGGACUGGGACUGCUUUCUGA